GUUCAGGGCGUUAUGAUGUGGAUUAGUGACAGCACGGCACUACCUACUGGACUUUGGGUUUCCACUACAGCAGUCACCUCCCCGUGCUAUAUAAAUAUAGAUUGGAACUACUCACCUUCACACUUGUUCCUCAACAGGACAGCGUCAAUUAAAGCUAAGCAGCACAGACUAGCGGCUUCAGUCAACAUCAUGAAGGUUCUUGUGGUCUUUGCACUUGCUGUAUUUACAGGCUGCCAGGCCAAUCUUUUCUAUGCUGAUGAGCCCAAACCUCAGCUGGAGCAGCUGACAGAUGCAUUCUGGAGCUAUGUUUCUAAAGCAACACAAACCGCAGAGGAAACCGUCAAGAUGAUCAGAGAGUCUCAACUGGGUCAAGAAGUCAAUGAAAGACUGACCCAGAGUGCUGAUAUGGCCAGUGAAUACGCCGUUGUCCUCAAGAAACAGGUGGAUCCUCUGACUGAAGAGCUGAUGAACAAAAUCACCAAGGAGACUGAAGUGCUGAGGGAGCGUCUGGGCCAGGACCUGAUCAACGUGAGAGAGAAACUCGAGCCCUAUGCUGACAACAUGAAGAGCCAGAUCCAGCAGAGAGUGGAGGAGCUCAGGGCGGCCAUGGCUCCAUAUGCUGACUCCCUGGAUUCUGAAACCCUGAAGGCCACUCUUCUCCAGAAGAGCGAGGAGCUGAGAGGAAACCUGGAGCAGAGCGUGAAGGAGCUGCAGGUUCAGCUGGAGCCCUACACUGCUGAACUCAAGGAGAAAGUAGACCAGCAUCUGCAGGAGUUCCAGAAGACCGUGACUCCCCUGACCGAGGAUCUGCAGGUCCAGAUUAGAGAGAGAGCCCAGAUGGUCCAGCAGAGUCUUACACCCUACGCUGAAGACCUUAAAGAGAAGCUGGACCCCUAUGCACAGAACCUGAAGGACCAGCUCGCUUCUCUGUACGAAUCUUACACCAAGAGAAAUUAAAUGCUACCAACAGACUUUUGAAAACUGCUGCUAUUGUAAUUAGAUCUUAGAUAAAGUUCAUCAAGAAAGUAGGUUUCUAUGUGGUACAUAGAAUAUUACUAUUACUAUCUCCAGCUGACAAUGUCCUGAUGGAAGUAUUUAUUCACAGCUAUGACAAACACAACAAUCCAGCAAAAUGAUUUCUGAAGCAUUACUUUGAAUUUAAAAAUAUUAGAAAUAAAUAUUUUGUCAAAGGAAA